AUGGCGCCAGAAAAAGCCUAUAAAUUGAGAUGGGUUUUAGGCAGAACUCAUCCUGCUAAGGAAACCACUCCUGAGAACACAGAAGAUCCACAAACCUCCACCAUGAAGACCAACGUUUGGAUCCUGAUAGCUGUUUUGGCCCUCGCCUGGGCUAACAUGGUAGUAAGCUACUCUUCGGAGUCCGAUGAUGAUGACAACGAACUCACCGAUGAAGACCUGUGCGACGAGGGACCACCCAUGGACGUCGAAACACACAAGAGCCUGAAAUGUUCAUGCACAACCAGCUAUAUAGUCACUUCCCCAGACCAGCACAGUUAUAACAGGCUCUUCAAAAAGAUCGACAAAUUGAAAGCAUGCCGUGACUGCUCCACAAUAAAACGAGCAUUCACCGAUGUUCUCCUCAUUGUCUCCGUUGAAACCACAGAAAAGUGUGCUAUAAAGUUAGCUAAGAAAGGUUAUCUUGUGGAAGAGAACUCGGUACAAGAAGUCGGCGCUGCUCUGCCUACCCUGCCCGUCAAGCUACUGGACCGAAUCGAUCAGGUAGAUCUUCCCCGUGAUGGAGCUUCUUAUGACAGAAAUGAUGCGACAGACGUGACUAUCUUCAUUCUUGAUACUGGAGUCCUGUUUACUCACGAUGAGUUUACCAACGGCCGCGUCAGCUUUUAUAACGAUACCGUUACACCAAACUCGCCCAUUAUGGUGGACGUCAAUGGACAUGGGACCCGCUGUGCGAGCGUAGCCGCCGGAGCCAACAUAGGAGUCGCUCAGGGCGCGACCGUAGAGAGCAUUCGGGUAGCUGGAUCCGAUGGCUUAGCCGCCGCUGAUGACGUCCUCGCAGGGCUUGACGACGUUCAACGGUGGUGGAACAACAACCCGGGUUCUAAGUGUGUCGUCUCCUACUCACUGAUUUCCACGUCCUUUAGUACGACACUCAACUAUGCUUUCGGGAACCUCAGCGCGAACACCGAUUGCGUGGUCGUCGUGGCAGCUGGAAACCAAGGUUCGGACAUCAGCAUGGCUAAUGCCUGUAACUACUCUCCGUCUGGAUCACCUGAUGUUAUCACGGUCGGAGGGUCGAGAAACCGUAUGAAUGGCGCGAGCGAUGAUCGUAUCGGAAUCUCCAAUUACGGUCCUUGUGUCGACAUCUACGCCCCAGCAAGAAAUAUCGACCUUGCUGCCCCUUCCGGAAGCAGUAAUUCCAACUACCUAAGAUCAUCCGGCACCUCCUUUGCAACCCCUGCGGUGGCAGGUGCUGCCGCCAUGAUUCUGUCCACCACUAGCUUGACACCUACUGGGAGUGAGACAAUGACCGAUCUCGUCCUGGACAUCCUUAUUGCGACAAGUGCCAAGGACAAGCUGACGAGUCUUCCAGCUAGCAACGCCGCGGUUUUACCCUCCUUUAACCGCCUUCUAAACGUUGUCAGCAAUACUUACUACGCAUAAACCCCCGGUGGGUGUAGUUGGUGAUGACAAUGUACCAUGGUGAUUGACAUUGUCAAUAUCAUCGUCUUUGUCAGUGACGUCGUCAUUGGAACCCUGGUAGAAGACAACCUAUAGUUUAAAUUGAUUUAUAGCUGAUUGAAAAAAUGAUGAAGUAAUAUAAGUGACGGUAUCAAACGUUUCUAUCUUUUAUUUAAAUGAAAAUUUCGUUUGAUGUUCUCGAUAUUAUUGGUGGUUAGUUUUCGUUUCUUGCUAGAACUGUUUUAACCUAAUCUUUCUUCUCAUGUCCACCUCAUGUCAUUAAGUUUAUCAUGAUAUCACAAAUACUUAUUUGAAAAAAAAUCUACUGCAGCAUAACCAUUUCUUUAUUCGGGGGGGGGGGGUCGGUGAGGCUUGGGCAAUUCUGUUAUUCACAGGAUCAUUUACAAGUAUCUUCAUUUCUAGAUUAGAGUAUGUAGUUUUUAGUAAUCCAUAUCUGUAACAACCACAAUAUAAACAUUCACUGGCAAUUCGAUUUUGGACCUUUGGCGUAUUUUCUUUUAGUGCUGUGCGCGUCUCGAAAAUAUACCACUUAGGGAAUAUAAGCUCUUUAUAUUCCCCACCCCAGGACUAUGUAUAUCAUGUUCACUGUUAGAUAACAAUGUAUUUUGUCCUAUCUCCAGUGGCAUAGGUUUUGCUCUACAUUCUGUCCCCUUUUCUUUACCAUGUAUUCUAAAUAUUGAAAAUUAAGCUAUGAAAUGAUGAUAAUAAACGAAUGAUAUUGUUAGUAAGCAUA